UGCCCACCUCUGAGAGGAUAUCACUUUUCAUGCUCCCUGGGUCCUGGUACAAGUAGGACAAAGGAGGUUGUGCUUGACAGCACUGUUGCUCUCCUGCACACAACUCAACAGGCCACUCCAGUCCCUCUUGUCCCAACUAGAAACAGUUUGUUCCUGUCUGCACGGGGAAGUUUUACCCCUGACCGUACAAAAUAGCAUGCUGUAAGUCAAGUGAAUGACGGUGUAGGAAAGAAUCGAUAGUGGGCAAUUAUCCAAUGUCCGAAGCAGUGCCUGUAUCAGCACGGUUUGUCCAGCACCUGUGAGUGAGCCAGACCGGAGGGAAAAGGAAGAAGCAUGUACUUGUGUGUGCUAAACUCGAAUCCAGACCAGGAGAAACAGUGUUUCCUCGAUAUCCGUCAGCAGCUGACCGACCAGCUGAAAUGCCUGGACUCUCGGAUGGAGGCGCAGGCUGCCCUGAUGGCGGACCUGCAGGACUUCUUCAGGAGGAAGGCUGAGAUCGAGCUGGAGUACUCCAAGAGUCUGGAGAAACUGGCAGACAGGUUCCUCACCAAGGUCAAACAGCAGCAGAAGUUAGAUGCUAGUAAGACAGGUGAGAAGAAGGAUGGGCACAUCCUGUCUCCGUACAACUGCUGGUACCAGCUGCUGGGGGUGACACGGAGGGAGAGCCGCAACCACUCCACACUCAGCGACAUCUACAGCACCAACCUCACCAGCAGGUUCACACAGAUCAGUGAGGAUGUCGGCAGAAUAUUUAGGAAGAGUCGAGAGAUCACCACAACCUGCCAUGAAGACCUGGUGAGGGUACUGAAUGAGCUGUACACAGCGUUGAAGACGUACCACCUGUACCACUCUGAGAGUGCGAUAGCUGAGGGGAAGCUGAAGUCGGUGGAAAGCAAAAUGCUGAAGACUGAUGACAAAGCUAGGCCAUCCAAGAGGGUCAAAACCAUGCAGGAAAAGGAUGGAGUCUUUCCCCUGUACCUGCUGUGUUGUGGCACAGAUGUCAUUAGGAUAAAGCGUCAGGCCAAGUACUUUGAGAGUAAACAGAAGUCCAUCAAGGCCAGGAACGAGUAUCUGCUUAGCCUGGACGCCUCCAACUCUGCCAUCCACAAGUACUUCGUCAACGACCUCUCUGACUUGGUGGACUGCAUGGACCUGGGGUUCCACAGUGCGUUUGGGCGUGCCAUGAAGACGUACCUGUCUGCUAACGACUGUGCAGACAAGUCUCACCAGGAGGGCCUGGACAUCAUCUCCCAGUGCGUGUACAACCUGGACCAGAAGAACGACAAGCAGAAGUUCAUGGAGAACUACAAUGGCACGUUUGUGGUGCCGCAGAAGUUCAUGUUCAUUCCACAUGGAGGGGAUGAGAACCACAGUAGGUGCCCUGUGUGCAGCGGAGGUCAGGGGGUGGGGGCCGUUAGCACCCUGCCCCGCUCCAUUAUGCGAUGCACUGGCUACAACCCAGGGAGAAUGAUGAUCAUGCCUUCUAGCCAGGUGUGCCAGGUGAGUGCCCAACAGCAGGUACAAGAGGAGCUGGACACCAGGUACAGACAGAUCCACCACAGGCUCAUGUGUGUCAAGACGGAGAAUGAAGAGGUGCGGAAGACCCUUGAUGUGACAUCUCAGAACCUCCAGGAUCAGCUGAACGUGGUGGACUAUGACAUGAGUCCCUACUUCACCCUGCAGGGGUCCCCGGAGACCCCGCCAGACACACUGUCCUCCAAACAGAGCAUGCAGAGGCACAGGCAGCACAAGCAGGAGAUAGAGGACUACUACCUGGAGAAAUUCCGAGAGUACACCCUGGGUAGCAGUGUGGUUACCAGGCUCCAAGCCAAGUAUGACCUGAUCCAGAAGGCCCUGGGGGAAGGAGAAAGAAAUGCAGCUUUAUCUGUUGACCCUGACUCCCCUUCAAGACCCCCCAUGUUACCACCCAAACCAAGGAAGAUCAAUAAGCCAGGAAGACCUGCAUCUUCAUGUAAGGCCAAACUGUUUGGUGGGAGCAUUCUUGAGUACAUACAGGCCUCUGGUCAUGAAAUCCCUCUUGUCAUCAGAAGUUGCAUCAGAGUCAUCAACCUGCUUGGUCUCCAUCACCAAGGGAUCUUCAGAGUUCCUGGGUCUCAAGUUGAAGUCAAUCAGUUGAGAGAAUACUUUGAAAGAGGUGAAGACCCAUUGUCAGACCCAGGGGAAGUGACUGACCUGAACUCAGUAGCAGGUUGUUUGAAGCUGUACUUCAGACAGCUGCUGGACCCACUCUUCACAAGGUCAAAGUUUGAGGACCUGAUCACUGCAGCAAGAAUGGAGAACCUUCAGGACUGCCUGGACGCCCUGCGGAACAUCAUUGACUCCAUGGAGCGGCCGAUAGUGGUGGUCAUGAGAUAUCUCUUCGCUUUCCUCAACCACCUGUCUUCCUACAGUGAUGAAAACAUGAUGGACCCGUACAACCUGGCCAUCUGUUUCGGCCCCACACUCAUGCCCUGUCCAGAGGAGUAUGACCAGGUGAUCUACCAGCCCUAUGUAAAUGAGCUGACCAAAACCAUCAUCACCUACCACGACAGCCUGUUCCCCCCAGACUUGGAUGGGCCCAUGUAUGAGAAGUGUAUGGGGGAGGAGGACCCCUUUGUUGACCCAGUUGCCAACAUGGACAACAUCUCUGAAGACAAUCUGACGAUCCCCAGUGAAGAUGAACUGGCAUCUCUAGGGUCACAAGAUUCCCUGGACUGGCUAGACUCGGAGUAUGCAGAGCAAUUUGACAGGGAUGGAUCAGUUAGAAAGAAGAAAGAAAUGACGUCUCACGGCUCGAUUGAGUCCUUGGACAAGCUGGACUCACUGGAAAGCACAGAGGGCAUCGAGAGGAAGAGAGGAUCCUCCAAGAAAAGCUCUCUGAGGAAGAAAGAGCUUGAUCCAAUGGAAGCCAUAGCAAGAUUUGACUAUGUAGGAAGGACAGAGAGGGAGCUGUCUUUUAAGAAAGGAGACAGCCUGCUGCUAUUCUCACGUGCCUCGGAUGACUGGUGGGAGGGGCGGUGUCGUGGGGAGGACGGCUUGGUGCCAGACAAGUACAUUCAUGUCAAAAGCAGUGACACGGCAACAGACACCUCUUCCCUGAGGAAUGACUCCGACAGGGAGAGUCUUGUUUCUACCCCAGGCUUCACCACACCAUCCACGGUAUCCCCCAAACACAUGACCCCAUCCACGUCCAAGUCAGAUGUGGGCUCGGACACGGACACCAUCGGCCAGGCGUCCGGCGUGACGAGCAGCGUUUCGGGAAGCCUGAGCGCGCUGAAUGAAGAGCAACAGGAAGAGAAGCUGAAGGUCACCCAGAGUAUAGAGAGGGAGAUCGACGCGACGUUGGCGACAGUCAUGUCCGAGUUACAGGCCCUGGAGAUGACCAGCUCCAAACAUACCCCAGAUGUAGUAUUGGACACUCUGGAGAGGGACAGACUGGACAGAGUGGCGAGGCCGACCAGCACGAGUAGCGACAGCGCGGUAGCCGCCCUGAGAGCGGAAAAGAGCAGCGCAGGUACGGUGGAGCAGGUACAGAUCCAGAGACCGGCCAAGCUGUCCCUGACUCGUGGCCAGCCCUCCGCACAGGCGGCAGGGAGCUUCGGUACGUCCACCAGCAGCUUCAGUAGUUUCCGCUCUCGGGACAAACCGCCAGUUUCACCCAAACCACCGCUUCCAGGCAAACCUACUAGUCCUGGCCCAAGCACUGCGAAGAAGCUCGGGACCAUGUAGGGGUGCCUGGGUGUACCACGUGUUUGGAGGAUAGUUAUUGUAAGAAAUUAGAUCACUUCUGUGUGUGGAACAGAUUUUUUACCCAUGUCUAUAAUGCUGUUUUGAAGUAUGCUUCAUUCAAAUACAUUAAUUCAAAUACAUCUGUUAUUCAAGUACAGUGUGUUUUUUUAGUACAAAACAGUUAGAUACACAUGUAAUUCUUACAUUUUCUCAUGUUUUGUUGAAUGAUAAUCAUAGCAUAGUUUACUCCUAAAAAUAAGAAUCUGUACUGUUUCGUUUUGUCUAACCAGAUAUUGUAUAAAGUAUUAAACGUUGUUAUGUGAAAAAUAAAUGACCAUGUUAAUAAUUAACAUUGAGAAGUUGUAUAUAACAAUAAGUAAUGAGCUAAUAAGUGAGGGAAGGUGUUGCAUUGUACAGUGUACAAUGUAUUGUAAUGUAAUGUAAUGAUGCAGCAAAUACAUGCAGAAUUGCAUGUACAAAACAAAGAUGUCGAAUUAUGUUGGUCUUGUGGAAAUUUUUCAGCUUCUUACUUUUUGCCAAGCAAACUUGACAAUUUGGCUUCUUGUUAGGUUAACUUGAUUGAAGUUGUUUUUGUUUCUUGCGACUUUCUUUUAGGUCAGUUUAGCUUUUAUGUGGCAUAGCUAACCAUGGAUGGUUUCUUGUUAAAAUCAUAAUGAUCUGAUCUGAAAGUUUUUUGUCCAUGUAACAGUACACAUUGCAUGUACUUAGGUUCUUCUUAAUUUAACAAUUACAGGCUUAGUCAAUAUUUCAACUGCAAGUUAUGUGUAUUUUUUGCUUGGUAGAUGCUCAGUUCAUAAAACAUUAUGUUGAAAGCUAGUAGAACACAGUUUACAUAAUAGUGGAGAAUAACUAGUUAGCACACAGUUGUGAUUUGCGAUAGCUUCGUCUGUUGUGCAAAACAUUUUUUGUGAGUAGGCUUAGGAAAGACAAUGCAGACGUACAUGACUGUGUUUUAUAUGAAGGGAGGGCUGCGUUCUCCAUCAACCACACCCUUGUACAGACUUCAGAGUAUCUAUGUAUAACUCCAGAAAGAGCCUCUUACUAACACUGCUGCUAUGGCAAAUGCCUUGACUGUUCUACACAAAAGCUUCUGCUGCCUUUUUAUGGAGAGAUGUUCAGGUCUAGUGUGGUACUCGUCUUCCUCAUCAGUUUUGUAUAAUGAGUAUGCUAUAUAGUACGCUAUAUAUAGUACUCAAUGUAGUACAUCAUGUACGUGUACAUGUGUAUUUUGUACAGGCUACUGGAAAGAAAAAUGACCUCUUAGUGUCUCCUACAGUCCCAUUAGAAACCUAGUACCAACACUGUGUAUGACAGUUAACAUGUGCAAAGUCAUAGCCUUUUAUGCGUUGUAAAGAAGUUAGCUAGCAGGAUACAAAGGAGAAAAUGUAAAUGUACAUGCAUGACCUGAACAACUCUCUUCUUGCUGGUUUAUACAAUCACUGUAUAGUUACCUAAUCUGCUUCUGCACAAUGAGUAGCAAUCACAGACAUGCUGAUACAUGUUUGUAUGUCGUACCAAAUUGUUAACUUCAUCUCCAAGUGAUGAAGACAGUGUAUCAUACAUGUACAUGUAGGUUUGUUGUUCAGAAUAAUAGAUAUAGCCACGGGCCGCUCAAUCUGAUGUUGACAUUUAUCAAAGAAUGUUUAAUGUUUUAGAUAUUUGGUGUUCUGUUUUUUGUAAUCCAACCACUUUUUGUUCCUCCAAGGAAAGAAAUUGCAGCCUUGCUGUUGACAAACCUCAAAUAUCAGUAUUUAUGAAUGUACUCCCAGAGGUAUGAAAUGAAAUAUUUGUAUGACUUACAAAAGGUGAAAUCUUACUGUUCAACAUCCUCUAUAUUAUAUUGCACUCAUGUAGUGUUCAGUGUUUGAGUUAUCAGCCUCCAUUUUGUAACAGAAGUUGGUGUUAUUUCCCUUUUAGUACAGGAAACCUGAUAGUACAGUUUGCAUUCACUGUUCAGCUCCAGGCAGAUGUGUGUACAUGUGGUAUUUUAAACACUGAAGGAUCUUUGCUACUAUUCGAACCAAAGUCUUGUAUCUACACAUUCACACCAUGUAUACUAGUAUCCUAGAGUCUACUACUUACAAAUAGGUUAUUCUGUAACUAUCUUUGUUACAUGUACUGUUGCAUUAAUCAGAGAAUUCUGUGGGCUUGAAUUCCAUACAACUGUUAGAAAUGAAACAGUGUUAAAGGCUGGCUAGCAGCAGAAAUGGUUACCCCGCAUCAUUCUUGGAUAAAACUUGGACUAGAUUUUUCAAUGCAUCAGUAAAACAUGUAUAAUUAGAGAGUAUAACUGGUAGUAUUGGUUGCGGUAACUUGUGAGCUUUCUUUAUGCACUAUAAAAGUGUGUGUUAACUUAGUAAUGUUUUUGUUGUUGUGUCAAUGUUUAAUGAGGAGAAGAAAUAAGCACAAAUGUGGAAUUUCAGAUGUGAUGGACAAUACUGCUUUACUAACCCCACAUCACAAGGCUGUGUACAACACUGAUGAAAACAAUAAAAUCUAAUUUUUGAAGAUAAAGUAC